UUCAGUUUCUUGAACCAGUCAUCUAUAUGUUACAAACAAAAUUAAGAAUGACAAGGAAUUCCUCCCAGGUUUUAUAUUUUACUCUUAGUGCAUAUGUGGAGACUGGUUCUUUGAAAUACUUCUCUUUCAUCAUCGUCCUGUUUCUGUAUGUUCUGAUCGUUGGUUCUAAUAUUCUAUUGAUUGUUGUUAUCUGUGUGAACAGGAGCUUACAUGAACCGAUGUACAUCUUUCUGUGCAGCCUGUUUGUCAAUGAACUGUACGGCAGCUCAGGCUUGUUUCCUUUCAUGCUGCUUCAGAUCCUCUCUGAUGUUCACAUUAUUUCGGCUCCACAUUGUUUCCUGCAGAUAUUCUGUAUUUUUACUUAUGGAAGUGUAGAGUUCAGUAACUUAGCUGUCAUGUCUUAUGACAGAUAUGUUGCUAUCUGCCGUCCUCUGCAGUAUAACUCACUGAUGACUCCUCAGAGGAUAAUCUUUCUCUUAUCAAUCACAUGGUUGCAGUCUUUUUUCUUUGUUGGUGUCACCAUACUACUGAGCUCCUCUCUGCAGCUCUGUGGAUAUGUUAUAAAUAAGAUUUAUUGUGACAAUCACUCCAUCAUAAAACUAUCCUGUAAUGACGCCACGGUUAAUAACAUCUAUGAAUUUGUUAUGCUUAUUCUGGCAGUCUUUGUUCCUUUAUCUGUGAUUCUCUACACCUACAUGAAGAUCUUUAAGGUGUGUUUUUCAGGGUCCAAACAGACCCGGCAGAAAGCUGUCAGUACCUGCACUCCUCACCUCAGUUCGAUUAUCAACUUCUCUUUUGGUGUUUGCUUUGAAAUUAUACAGAGCAGAUUUAACAGGAAUCAAAUUUCUGGAAUACUAAGAACAAUAUUUCCACUGUAUUAUCUCACCAGCCAGCCACUCCUUAAUCCGUUUCUGUAUGGCCUGAAUCUGUCUAAAAUACGCUUCCUAUGUAAGAAGUUUGUUCUCAGAAAAGUUUAGCCUCUUUUUCAACUUUUAAAAUAUUUAAAGCAAUCUUUUGAUCUCCACUGGACUCUGAGAAGAAGCACCAACCAUCUAAACUCACACGUUAUCAUGCGGAGCAGCAGCUGUAAUCUAAACAUUUCCUAGAAGCCUUCAUGUUUUGAUGUGUAUGUAGUUGAAAAUAAAAAUGCAAUUACUUUACAAAA